GGUAUGAUAGAAACCUAUGUUAGGUGAUUGGAAUCUUUUAAGUAUCGUGUACUCUAUUUCUCAUCUCCACAGAUGUCUGGCUCUGAGCCUGUGGUGGGUAGAAACCAGUCCCUCUGCACCAAAUUCACAUUUGUGGCUUUUUCCUCUCUGGCAGAGUUACAGUCUUUGCUCUUCGUAGUGUUCUUAGUUAUCUACUUGCUUACAGUGGGAGGAAACCUCAUCGUCAUUUGCCUGGUCUGGAUCACUCCUUCCCUGCACACUCCCAUGUAUUUCUUCCUGGUGAAUCUCUCCUUUCUGGAGAUGUGUUACAUCAGCAGUGUGGUGCCUCAGAUGUUGAUGCACCUGCUAGUAGAGACAAAGACCAUUAGUGUUGGAGGCUGUGCAGCUCAGAUGUGUAUAUUCACCAUCUUGGGACUGACAGAGUGCUGCCUGCUAGCAGCCAUGGCUUAUGACCGAUUUGUAGCUAUUUGUUACCCGCUGCAUUAUUCUAUCUUGAUGGGCCCUCGUGUGUGUUUGAAACUGGCUGCAGCAUCUUGGACCACUGGAGUGGUGGUGGAGUCAGUCCAGACCACUUGGAUCUUCACUCUGCCCUUCUGUGGAACAGGAAAGAUUCAGCACUUUUUUUGUGACAUCAUGCCUGUGGUGAAGCUGGCUUGUGUUGACACUUCCCACAACGAGAUUGUGAUGUUCGCUGUCUCUGUGUUCUUCAUCAUGAGUCCCUGUCUCCUCAUUCUGUGCUCCUACGUGCGCAUUCUCACAGCCAUCUUGAGAAUUCCCUCAGCAGCUGGCAGACGCAAAGCAUUCUCCACCUGUUCUUCUCAUGUCCUGGUUGUUUCUUUGUUCUAUGGAACUGCCUUAUUCACUUAUCUCCAACCCAAGACUGCCCACACUCCAGAAACAGACAAAGUAACUGCUCUCAUGUACACAGUGGUCACUCCUGCUCUGAAUCCUGUCAUCUACACCUUGAGGAACAAGGAAGUGAAGGAAGCCUUUCAAAGGGUAACACAAAGGAACUCUCUUUCACAAAUGGCCUAA